CCUUAGCGACUGCUCCUCCCCAGAAUGCUUAUGCCUAAGAAGAGGCUUGCCAUUUAUGAACUCCUUUUUAAGGAGGAAGUCACCGUGGUCAAGAAGGAUGUCCACCUGCCUAAGCACCUGGAACCGGCAGAUAAGAAUGUGCCCAACGUUCAUGUCAUGAAGGCCAUGCAGUCUUUCAAGUCCAGAGGCUACUACAUGAAGGAACAGUUUGCCUGGAGACAUUUCUACUGGUACCUUAUCAAUGAGGGUAUCCAGUAUCUUCGUGAUUAUCUUCAUCUGCCCCCGGAGAUUGUGCCUGCCACCCUACACUGCAGCCGUCCAGGGACUGGCAGGCCUAGUCCUAAAGGUCUGAAGGGUGAGCGACCUGCAAGACUCACGAGAGGGGAAGCCGACAGAGAUACAUACAGAGGGAGUGCUGUGCCUCCUGGUGCGGACAAGAAAACCCAGGCUGGGACUGGGUCAACAACCGAAUUCCAGUUUACAGGCGGAUUUGGUCGUGGACGCAGUCAGCCACCUCAGUAAAAUUGAAAAGGAUUAUUUUGCAUUGAAUAAACUUACAGUCAAAAAACUUUAAAAAAAAAAAAAGAAAAAAAAUUA